UAGCGCUCACACAUUAACGUAUACUAGGAUAUCCACGAAUAUGGAAGAACACCACCGUUACGAACGUUCCUGCUGACUCUGGUUUCUGUUAUCUCGAUCACAAUGCAUUGUUCAUGGGUCAUCGUUCCCCUCUCAUACCCAUAUUUGCUGCCGUCGACUCACUCCGUGACGACUUCCAGUACCGUGACCUAGAUCUUAUCACGGACAGGAAUAGCUUGCGCAAAUUGUUGCGUUGCAUCGACCAACAGCAUGACAAGACCUUCCGCAUUGAUCUCGACUUGCUAGGGAAGACGUGUCUCCUUACACGCUGUGAAGAAACCCUCACGGAUACUAUCAAAGAAUUCCACGGAUUCGGCGUCGAGUACGAACGAGCCGCAACUAAACCACGCCGCGGCUCCGAAGAGGAGACGAGCCACCAUCGCAUCAUCAGCUAUAAUUUUGGGGGACUGAAAAUAUUGCUCCGUUUCGCGAUUGAUGCCUGUGCGGAGCCGGAGAGCGAGGAUGAUUCUUUCCUCGCCUCCUUCUCCUCACUGAGUAUCGGGGAAAGAGGACCGUCCACACUCUCUGAUGGCCUAGCCUACUCCAGCCGUUUCGGAAUGAAAGUAAAGCUAACUUCACCUCGCUCGGUCCUUCCUCAGUCAAGCGUAAUCGAGAUCAAGACUAGAGCGGCGCGCAGGGAAGUGGACUGGAAAGAAAGCUAUCCCCAGUUAUACCUGUCACAGACACCUUACUUGUACUUGGCGAGGUACACACGUGGCACAUUUGGUCCAGUGGAGAAGGUUCAUAUUAAUAGCCAGGAGAUGGCUUCCCACGCUAGGGAGGCUGAAGCUGCGAUGGCUAAAUUGGAAGCACUUUUGAGUGCCCUUCUGAAGGCCGUACGAAAGUAUGGUGAGGGAGUGCCACUAAGCUUGGUGUAUCGUGCAGGAAAGUUGCAGUUGUAUAAGCGCAAAGAGGGGACUGGAGAGCCUUUCGGGAAGGACAUUUCGAGCAAAUUCCAACAUGCAACUGUUAUCUAACGAACUUGUUAACAACAGUAGGAAAGGAUGUCGGCUGAGGCAAUGCAAGAAUGGGAUGAUAAAAAGCAUUGGCAGGUUUCGAAUGUCGCCAUGACAUCACGAUUUGUAUGUACUAGUAUGUAGUGUUUCUGUCACUUGUCCGGGCAUCCUUACGGUGCUUUCUGGUUCGGAGCUGCUCCAUGUAAAC